AUGGCUAACACCCCACCCUCGUCGAUAGCCCCAUACAUCAGAAGGCAACGCACCGAUCGAAUUGAGCCUGACGCUCCUGUCCAGGAUGAGGUUGAAGAGCAAUUUCCACCUUUCAGAACCGGAUCGGGCGUGACGAUUCGAAUUCCCCCUGAGCUCAUGCCAGCUGAAGACGACGUGAUGGCUUAUUUCAAGAUCUACUUUGAUGAGAUACAUCCCUAUGUUCCCGUCGUAUCUCGUGCCCAUCUGUAUUACCAAUGGCAGCAUGAUCGUCAUUCCAUCUCUCCCCUUCUUCUCGAGGCUCUUUUUGCCUGUGCGGGCCGUUUAUCUGACGAGCCCGCAGAAGGUGCUCAGUGGCUUGCCCUGGCCAAUAGGCACGAGACUAGCUUUAUGGAUGUACCACGUCUAAGUACUAUACAAGCACUACUUCUGCUACUAAAAGCAAGGGAAUCUUUGCCAAAGAAAGGGUACUAUUAUCGGUCCUGGCAGACUGUCAAGACUAUUGUCACAAUGGCGAAAGAUCUGGACAUUCACGAACAUUACAGCAAUCACGCUGAAGGCAAGCCGUGUGGACUCGGUCCAAUUGAUUGCUUGGUGCAUACCAGAGUGUGGCAGGCUCUCUUGGUGGUUGAGGUGAUGAUCGGUGGGCCUCAAGGCCGUUCGGACUACGGGGUCGAUCCUGAAACAGUGGAGAUGCGUCCGACACUAGACAUCGGAGGUCUCGAUCACUAUGAGAUUGACCGCUCAAGACAAUACGCCUAUUUCGUUCGCAACGCACAUCACAUCCGCAUCAUUACAGAUAUCUAUCACAAAGUUAAAAAGCAAAAGGACUGGGGUGCAGAUGCCCGAUUUGUACAAAACAACCCGCUUUUCGCAGACUGGCUUCGCAACCUUCCUCCAGACCUACAAGUCAAUUAUCCUCCCGAUGGCUCUCCACCGUGGCUCCCAUCUCACUUUGUGGCAAUCACAUCCCCCGACCCUGAGUUCAACUCGGAUGCCCGUGAAUUCUUCACCCGUCACAUGAGAAUUCUCGAGACGUGUUCUACCGCCUGGCCCAUGCCCGAGAUUCAAGCUCAGAUCGAUUCUUUAAGACUAGCUUUCUCUGCCGAUAUGCAUCGUCCUUUUGAGUUGAAGCCCAGUUUCCCAUAUGGGAGUCCCUCGGAGCCCUACCAUCCCAGUCCACCUAUGGAUGCGCACUACCACCCGCACUUGAAUCAACUCCAUUCCAGAGUGCGUUACAAUCCGCUUCCAGUAACCCCUCCGAUUUCGAAUGGCGCUGAAGACUCGAAGUCCGACACGUCUUCUCAGAUACAAUCCCUCGGGAUGGUUGCUCAUCAGCCUUCAACAACUCAUCCUCUAGAUGCCCCUUCGGUCGAUGAAACCCACUGGGACCCGACCCGAAUCAUCACUCAAUGGGAUAUGGCUUUCUCCGUGAACCCCGCUACCGUUAGCGCAAACUCCCCGCCAAUGCCUAUAGACAAUUCAGUACCGAGUUUACAAAAUGUUAUGAACCCCCAAUACCCCAUGUACGAGACACCUAACAAAGUGCCCUCCACCACAUCUACCCAGUCUCUCUCGCCUCCCCAGUUCCAGGCGCCCCCGGUUGUGUUUUCAGCACGAGACUGGCAGCAAAGUGUUGCUAGUGUGUAUGAUCCACAAGGGCUGAAACGGCGAUGGAACUACCCAGUUGAUGUUAACCCCGACAACAUGUCCAAACGCCAAAGAUGA